ACUGCAUAUAAAUUCGCUGCCAAGGGCAAAUCUGUUGGCAGGGGUGCAGCGCAGUUGCCCUCCAGAGGCAUUUUUAAUUUUAGGUCCAAUAUUCAGAAGAACUUCGUCUUCGGUGUCGCCAGGUUAAAGAAUUCCGUGGUAGCAAACAAUCAAGAGGGCACUGGAGAUGAUUUCAGCCACUGCCGAUUGUGCUGCCACUGCAUUGUCUGCACAUUGGAGUGCCACGGUGCCCACACAUCCGCGCCAACCUCAGCUUGCCGUCUGUUGCGCCUUUCUUUAGCGCUCCGUUGAAAUGAGUCACGCCUCAAGUGCGGUGGGCGAGUCGCUCAGUCCUUUGAGUUCAGCACCGUGGAGGCUCCAUGAAAAGCUGACAGGCUGGCUGCUUCAGGGACAGGGAUGCCCGAGGUGUUUAUGGCAAUAAUUAGGAAGUGAAGAUAAACAUUGUCAUUUUCACAUCCCGAAGAAAGCAAAUGAGCAGCUAUGCUGUGGGACCCCGUCGCUCCCUCCUUCUCCGUGCUAUCCAGCAAAUCGAAUUACAUCACGCCCACGUCCUGCGGGACUGGCUCCGCGACCACAUGAUCUAAAUGUGGAAUCUGUUCGUCAGGGAGAGGGUCUGGAAACAAUAACUGGACUGGGAAGCGGAGAGGGAAGUUUGCAUUUCAAGGCCUGGCAUUAAAUAUGUCGGAAUUCAAAUAAGAACGAUUUAUUUUUCCUGUCAAGGCUGGGGUUAUGAAGUCUGCUGGACCGAACAGACGAUGGAGGUGGAGCCUGCGUACUUAGACUUCAUUACCUGCGAUCGGACUGGUCGCCGGAACGCCGUGACUGACAUCGAAGGAGAGUCCUCCACGUUGGCGACGAGCGACCUUACCAAAGACCUUGCCCAGAUGGAUUUAAAAACGCAAGGUGAACAAGUUCCUGAUAGCAGUACUGGCAGUCAUCUGGAGAAUCCAGCGGGGAGCAACCCCUCUUAAAGACAUGGUGUUUUCGAGAAUGAAGAGUGUUAAAGGCCUGCUCAGCGUCUGUCGACUUUUUUGUUUGAAGUGACGGCGACAAUGCCAGCUCCUUCGGCAGUGUGGGGCCUUCGUGGAGUAGCACAGUGUGUCAGUUUCACUAAUAAGACAUCUUUUCAGUGGAGGGAUUCUUGCCAUCCUUACAAAUAAAGAUGCCUUGUUUUUCCUUCUUUCUGGUGCCUUCAGGAUACUAGUCGAAAUCUUUGCCUCAUUUUUGAGGGAAAAAAAGCUGUUAUUGUUGUGCAUAGCUGAAAUGAUGGAACUAACGAAUGAGGAUUGUGCUGGCAAAAGAAACCGCUCUCUAAGCAGCUGUCCAAAAAAUGACUGCAUUCCUUGUGCUUUUUGUUACCUUGUUGGACUCUCUUCACGCCGUGAAGUUUUUUUUUUUUGCCAGGCCUUCCUUACAUUUAAUGUCAAGAUGAUAAACACCAAGGUACUGGUUUAGCGACAGUGGUAUUUAUUUACAAGUAAAUUUUGAUAGAAACAUGAAUUCACAGUUUAACCAUGAAAAUGUAUCAAACGUUUUUGCUAUUAUUUCCAGCGUUUCCUCCCAGAGUCCCCUUGUUUUUCUGGUGGACAUGCCAGCAUGCGCUCCUUUAUUCAAAUUGAAAUUCUUUUCUUAUGGGUGUGUGAUGCAGCAUUUUCAUUUGUAGGGGCUUGGUUUGGUUUAUAGGUUCAUUAAACUCCGAUAAUCUUCAGGGUAUGCUGGGAUCUCUGAAAGUCUGAAUUUGUUGUACGCAUCACUUUCAGUUUUUUUUUUUUUCCCUCCAUGGGUGGCAAAUGUCUAAACCCUCUAUUCUUGUUUUCUUAAUUAAGUUAAUGCUGUUUCCUUUUCUUUCAUUAUAUUGGUUUUAUUUUUUGUAUUGCAUGUCUUUUAUAUGGGCUGCUGCAAAUAGGUGUGGAAGAAUAAAACAAAUA